AUGGAUCGUAAGGCUUUAGAGAAAAAUGCUGCACCACCAAGCGCCCAACCGAAAUCCUCAUCAGCGAAAAACCAUGCUGAACCGCCACCGUCAGUAGUUUCGGAACCGGAAGAUGGCGGAGAGCGAUACUCGAUAGGUGCAUUCUUAGGGAAGGGAGGAUUUGCAGUCUGCUAUGAGGGCGCAUUGGCGCGCAAUGGUCGUGUAUAUGCCAUGAAGGUGGUCAAAUCACAGAUGCCACAGAAAAAGAUGGAGGAGAAGUUUCGGACGGAACUGCAAAUUCAUUCCAAAAUGCGACACCCAUUUGUCGUUCAGUUUUACCGCGCAUUUGCUUUUGAAUCCAGCACAUACGUUGUCCUAGAGCUAUGUCCAAAUGGGUCAGUAAUGGACAUGGUACGGAAGCGUCGGUGUCUAAGCUUGCCCGAGGUACGACGAUUCAUGAUUCAGCUUUGUGCAGCGGUGAAAUAUCUUCACAAGCGAUUUGUUGCGCACCGCGACUUGAAAAUGGGAAAUCUGUUCCUAGAUCACAACAUGAACAUCAAAGUCGGGGAUUUUGGCCUUGCAGCGAUGAUUCUCUCAGACAAGGAUGCAAAGCGACGAAACACGCUUUGUGGAACUCCCAAUUACAUUGCCCCCGAGGUUCUUGAUAAAAGCAAAGGCGGGCAUACACAAAAAGUGGACAUUUGGUCAUUGGGUGUUAUUUGCUUUGCCAUGCUUACAGGAUACCCACCUUUUCAAUCAAAAACACAAGAAGAAAUUUACAAAAAAGUACGAAACUUGAGCUAUGCCUGGCCCAAGGAAUCAGACACCAACAACUUCAUACCAGAAGAAGCGAAGGAUCUCGUUACUAGCUGCUUGAACCUUGUCGAUGAAGAACGGCCAGACCCAGAUGACAUUGUUGAACAUCCAUUUUUCAACAUGUACGAUGGGUGCAUUCCUCGUCAGUUGGAUUCCGGGUGUCGUUACAACAAGCCACUCUGGCUCAAGGAUGCUUCCCCCGGGCUUCGUGCCUACGUGUAUCAGGUGGAUGACCCCAGCCAGCGGUACCAUUCCUGCAAGGCUGCCUUCUAUUCCCUCUGUGGAGUUGGGAAGAAGCCCGAUGGAACGGCUCGGAAAUCUGUGGGUAGAAACUGCUCCAAGUCAGCCUAUGCCGAGUGCGAUGCAGAGGACCAGAGAGGUCUUCGUCCAGUUAUUCCGCUGACACCUGACUAUGUUUACCGAUGGCCGCACGAUCUCGAUGGGGACUGGUGCCUGUUGGAAGCUUCUCGCAAGGUUCGCAGCGAAGAGUCCAUGCUUGACAGCAGCACUCUUUCAAGGCGCAGUGUUGCAGCUCGGCCCCACCCUGUGGCAGCUUCACGGACCAACGCUGCCCUUCUGGCUGCUCAACAACGACGCAUGGAAGGCCAAAGUCAUGCUGCCACGCUUCGCCAGCAAGCUCGUGUGCCUCCUCUGUCACCUAGAAAGACACCCGGGAUCAGCGACCCUCCGGUCUUAUCUAGACCCUACCGUGACGUACCAGAGCCGGAGCCGAAACUACCUCUGGCUCCUGGGAUACCCGCCGGUGGUCUAGCGGAACGUCCCAUCCGUACACGAAGAAUGGUAUCCGCAUCCCAAGCAACGACACUGUGUAGCAAGGAAAAGGAUGCCAUUCCUCAACUGACCAAGUCAACAAGCAUGCCAGCUGGCCUGACUGUAGGCAAAACGCGUUCUCAGUCUCGCAGAUUGGCAGCCGCUGACCAGGAAUUGCCACAGGCUUCCAUCCCAACGAGAGAAAGGCAGCCAACUACAAUUCCCGAGGAGCGUAGAGCGCCCCCUCGUCAAACAUCCCUACGAUCUUCGUCGCGAGUGGAUGCGAAGAUUAUAGCGGAGAGAAAUGAACGCCAAAGAGUCAGCCCCAUCGAUGCAGGCGCAAGAUCGUUGUCUAGCCAGUCUAAGUCUUCGUCUUCGUCUUCGUCUACUGGACUUGCCCGAUCUGACUCAAAUGGAGUCAGUCGAUCUAACAGUAAAACUGCUGGUAGGGCUCGUUCUAGCUUGGGAUUGAGUCCCCUUUUCCACACCGAGGAUCUCUGCGAGCUUCUCCCCAGGACUUCGUUGACCGAAGUCAAUACCGACCUCCGGCUGUUGCUAUCGAACUUGAUCAAUCACGCCCCAAGUCGUCGACGUGGUGGAGCAAGGAAGCAGCCUCACGCAUACGUUAUUAAAUGGGUUGAUUAUACAAAUCGAUAUGGCAUCGGGUAUGUCUUGGAUGAUGGAAGUGUUGGAUGUGUUUUCAAAGGAGAAAAUGGACAACCGGCAACAAGUGUUGUUGUCCGAGAUGGGGAGAGACAUAUUCGUCGCAAGGCGCGGAGUGUCGAGGACGGGGAUAUGAAACCGCUGUUUUACUCGGAAUCGGAUCAGCUUGUUCCUCGCAACGGACGUGCGAUCGAGUUCUACGAGAACAGGGACGAUGAUUUAUUAGGCUGUCGCGGAAUCCGGCGCGCUAUGAUUUCACCAUCCCUGUUCGACAAGAGCUCAAAGGCAAUGAGAACUCGCACCCCAUCAGGCACUGAGCCUGAAAGAGCCGAUGCAGAGAAAAUCAAGCGCAUGAAGCUCGUGGACCAAUUCGGCAAAUACAUGAUUGGAGCCCUCGGUCGCCAUGGCGACGAAGGUAUCAUGGACGAUGACAUCCCGCAACAGAACAGCGGCCAGUUCAUGAAGUUCUACCAGCGCCUCGGCAAUGUUGGAAUUUGGGGCUUCGGAGAUGGCGCAUUCCAGUUCAACUUCCCCGACCACACCAAGCUUGUCAUUUCCCCUGGUCGCACCCGCAGUUCAUCUCCCUGGAUCGACUUUUACCAUCUCUCACCAUCCGCCGCUCGCUACUUUUCCGCCAAGGGCAGGAUGCACCCGAAUGGCUUCGACACGAGGGCUGUCGCUUCGGACGAAGCUGCCACCUUCCUCAGCAUCGCCAAUGGAGACUCCGUAAACUCAGUCGAAGACCGCAUCCGCGACAUCUUAGAUGCCAACGUCUUCACCGAGAAAAUUGCUUUCAUCAAAGAUACCAUCAAAGUCUGGAUCAAGAACGGUCGUCUUGGCGGUCGUCCAUCUUCUGCUGAGAUCCCGUCCGCGGAUCCAUCCACACCCACGGAAAUGUUCUGGCAGGGCACUCAAGAACGAUCGCAGCCCAACACCCCCGGAACGAAAUUUGUCUGGGUCACAGUUGGAGCCCCAGACGGCGACGGCCAAUACCGUUCCAUUAUGUUGAAAGACAGUGACCGCGAGCGACUCACCAAGCGCGCUAGCACGGAUUACGAGAAAGAGAUGGAUGCACUGAAGGAUCGGCUUCGAGCUCUGAAUCGUUGA